GAUAAAAAUUGGAUAUUUUUAGGUUUUGUGAACAAUUUAAAGGCGAUAACAGUGAAAACAAGUCGUUCCCUGCGUCGUCGAGUGCAGCGGCAGCGGGACAGGAAAAAUAACUGCAAAGCUUAGCAGCCUCUUCAGCUAUAUCCUCAGGAUAUAGCUUUCGAAGGUCCAGGAAACUGGAUUCAAGAGCCGCAUCGAGGUAAACCCUCACUGAGGAAGAAGACAACCGCAUACAAUUGUAGAAUAUACAGCAUAGAAAAGUAUGACCACUUCCGCGAUGGCCAGUGCUGGUGAACGGUCGGAAAAUGCCGCAGCCAGAAAGCGACAGAACCGGCAAGCCGUACUGGCGAUGCUGAAGAAAACGGACAUCAAAAACAAGGCCCUGAAGCGCUUCUUCUACUUCACCUACGAGUCGCUAGAACCGGCCGCCAUAAAGCAGGAAAAUGUACGCAAAACCUACUACAGCAACGGUGAAAUGUGUGAAGGCGAUGAGAACUACCUGCGGCACAUGAAGAAAAGCGUGUUCGUGAGCAAUCUUCCGGGAGGGACGAAGAAAUCGGAGAUUUUUCAACUCUUCCAACCAUACGGUACCGUACUAGCGAUUACGCUGCGUACCCGGUCAGGGCGCACCAUCAUCGGCAGUAGUUACCAACAAUCGCUACAAAGCCCGUAUGAUCCCACCGGUUCUUCCUGCUGCUGUACGAUCGAGUUCGAUUCGGCGGAAAGCGCGGAAAAUGCUUGCGAUGUGAAACCGGGCAACAGUGAAUACAUCGCGAAACCCUUGAUCGAUCCGGCACGAUAUGGGACCGAGCACUGUGUGUUUGUGGAGAAUAUUCCACCAAGCCGGACGCGGCACGAUCUGUGGCAACACUUUAAAUCAUUCGGUCCGAUUCGUUCACUGCGGAUGGAGCUUCCGGAUGGGACGCUGCUGCUGAGUGAUUCCGAGUACGGGCAGCUAUCGUCCGUAAACUGUCACGUACGAUUCCGCCGGCGAGCGGAAGCGCUGGCCGUAACGAAGGCGCUCAAUCGUAGCUCAUUCAAAGAUCGCCCAAUAUCGGUCCAGAUGGCGUACCAGAAGUACUGCAAUCCCGAUGAGCUCUCAAACAAUGCACUGCGAAUCUUCUUCCAACCGUUCGGGGACGUUGUGGCACUAGACCAGAUCCCACACCAGCGGGCGGGCUACGUAUGUUUCAAACCGCCACUUCCGGUGGACAUCAUCAAACGCAUCGGUCAGCAAGUGUUCCGGCAACGGCGCAUUUUAUGCGAGAAACUAGACAUUCCCGGUGCAACCAAGGAUGGCAAACUGAUGAAGGGUGGCAGUACCGGAAGCAAUGGGAAAAACAGAACUUCAGCUUCAGCAGCAUCAACAACAGCGGGGGGAGCGAGUGGUGGAUCAUCAACUAGCCGUGGUGCCGGUGGCAAUAGUAAAGCACCGGCCGCCAAGAUGGCACGUAAAAUACCGCGCAAAGCAUUACCGGUGGUAGCGCGGAAGCAAGUUGGCAAACCCAAACCAUCCUCAGCGGACAGUGGAAAAGGAGGUGACACAUCAAAGUCCACAUCUCGAACGUCCGAGGGUGCGAAAGACAACCGUACAGCCCAUCAAACGCCCUAAGAGACUCACGUGGCACAGUUCACUCUUCAGCUUAUUUUAAUUUAGAAUACAUU